GAGAGGUUGGCGCUCGAGUCUCAUUUCAACUCCGUCUUCAGUCGUUACUCCGUUCUUCCAUCAAUUUCAUCCCUGUAGCAAACUUCUAGGGUUUCCAUUUCGAAAAGUCUUGGAUCUAGGGUUUUCACUGAUCAUUUCUUCAAGUUCUCUGGAGAAGAGAGAAAUUUCCGAAGAUCAGAGCUCGGUUGAUCGUGAAUUGACGGGCGUGAUCUUGAUCUUAGGGGUUGGAGAUGUGAUCUUCGAUUUUCUCCGGUGAUUGGUAGAGAUCUUCUAUCUAGGGUUCGAGAAGCUCAAAUCUACGACGAGGAUCCUGAUCUUUGGGUUUUGAUCGGUGAGUUUGGGGGUUCGAAAGAGGAUUCGACUCUAGAAUAGAUCAUUUCUUUGGAGUUUGCGAGAACGAGAGAGGAGGUCCAAAUUGUCACAGGUUUUGUCUCUAGGGUUUUGAUCUUUCUCGGGGUUAGUAAUGCAGAAGCUAGGGUUUCCCGCCUUGAAGAGCUUGGAACAUUUCAGAUCCUUGAAAACACCUCUUUCUGGAGCAGGAAAAGCAACGCCAAAAGCGACAACGAUAGUGAUUCCAAGUACUCCCCCUGUGGAUUCCAUAAACUAUGGAAGCUUUGCAACUUUGAAGCGCACUGCAGAGAAACUAAUUCAGGAACAGGCAUCAGUCAAAACUGACCUUGAACUCGCACACAAGAAGCUGAUAAAAGCAACAGAGCAGAUACACAAGUUAGAGGAUAAAGUACAAGAAGAAAUCAAUGAAAAUUCUAGGCUUAAAGCAAAGCAAACAGAAGACGAAAAGAUCUGGAAUGGAAUUGAUUCAAAUAUCUCUUCAACAAAUGCACUAUGUCAUCAGCUAACUGAAACUCUUGAACAACUAACUGAUCAGACUCGCACAGCUGAGGAAGGCAGGAAGUUCUUUGAAGAAAAGAUCUUAGAUAACUCAAAAGAGCUUGAGAAACUCAACUCUCAGUUAAAUGACUUAGCUGCAAAGUUAGAAUCCGCUGGGAAUGCAAUCAGAACAGGUGAAGAAAAGAUUAUGGAACUUAGACAUGAGAAAGAGGAAAUGGAGAAAAAAAUAACGGAUGAACAGUGUACAAGUGGUAACAUUAUUAAGGGAAAAGAUGCUCUUAUCAGACAGUUAGAAAAUGCUACUGAAGAAAAUAAGAGACACCUCCAGACUGUAGAUUGCCAGUUGCAUGAAGUGCAGCAGGAUCUGAUACUGAAAGAAGAAACAUGUAAUCGCUUGAGGUCUUCUGAGGAGGUUUUAAGAAAAGAGAAGUGUGAUUUAGAAUGCAAUAAUCAAGAUUUAAUACUACAAGUAGACAAAUCGCUUCAGGAGAUCAAGCACCUUGAAGAUUUGGUUUGCGGUUUGAUGUCCAAAGUAGUUGAUUUGGACAAAGAGAGCCUGACUGUUUCAAAUUAUGUUACUAAAAUGGUCUCUUCAUUUGAAACUUUCUGUGAAUUGGCCCAGCAGGAGAAGAAUUUGGCCUUAAAAUGUGCUCAAGGAAACUUUGACAAGCUACAUGGACAGUUUUUGGGCAUAAGAUCUGAAAAUGAUGCCUUAAGAGCAGAAAUUGGAGAUCUGAAAGAGAAGAUCAUGGAGCUUCAGAAAUCUCAAGAGUUCACUAUGGUACAGCAUGCGGAAGAGUGUCGCUUAGUAGAAGAUAAAACUCGCACAUUGGAGUCUGAAGUGGAAGUUCUUGUUUCAAAGAAGACUGAAUCAGAGAAGUUAGUUGUUGACUUAAAAGAGAGAGUUAAAGUUCUAACAGAAGCUUCUGGUGUCACUGAAGAUCAUAUGCAAGAUCUGUUACAGAAGAUCUCUAAAUUAGAGACAGAAAAUCACAAUCUUGAGGACAAGGUUCAAUCACUAUCGCAGGAAAGAGAUGCAGAAGCAGGAGCCUUGAGGGAUGAGAUUAUGACAAAGGAUCAGGAGGUCAAAUCACUGGAGAAUGAAAUUAGCAAUCUACGUAAUGUUUUAAAUGACAAGGAACAGGUUCAUGCAAGUUUCUUGGACAAAGAGAAAGUGUUGGAAGAGCAAAAAGCUGAGAUUCAUGCAUCACUUAUUGCAGCUGAAGGCAAACUUACUGAAGAAAGAAAACAUUUUGAGUUAAUGCUCGAGGGGAAACAACUUGAAUUGUCAAAGCAUUUAAAGGAACUUUCUCAGAGAAAUGACCAGGCAAUCAACGAGAUCCGGAGAAAGUAUGAAGAGGAGAAACUGGAGAUUGGAAGAGUGGAAAAAGAAAAGGCAGACAAACUCAUUAAAGAAAUGGAAAGAAAAUGUGAUGAAAGAAUUUCAGAACAUAAAGAAGAAGCCCAGAAGUGCUUGUUGACUGUUAAGGAGGAACAUGCUGCAUUGAUUAGUAAAAUCCAGCAAGAAUAUGAUCAGAAAGAAUCAAACCUUCGAGCUCAUCAGAAGGAAGAGCUGCAGAGAAUCCAGCUUCAAGCUGAAAAUGAGAUGAGGGAGAGAACUUCAUCACUGAGGAGAGAACAUGAAAUUCAAAUGAAAUCUGUGAAGCUGCAGCACGAUGAUGACUGCAAAAGAUUACAGGAGGAAUUAGAGCUCCAAAGAUCAAAGGAGGAGAAGCAGAGAGCACUAUUACAAUUACAGUGGAAAGUUAUGGGCGAAAGCCAGCAAGAUGACCAAGAAGUAAACUCUAAAAAGGAAUAUUCUGUUUCAUCAAUUAAAAUGAAAGAUCCUUAUGGUGGAAAAGAACACAGGAUCUCUUUGACAAGUCCUGAAAGUAGAAUGAAGGAUGCAAAUUUAUCAGGAUUAAUGCGCACACCUGUGGCAAACCUACUGAAGAAGGGAAACACAGGAAAUGUAAUUAACAUACCCAAGCACAGGAAGAAGGUAACACGCCAUGAAUAUGAAGUUGAGACAUCAAAUGGGCAAACAGUCACAAAGCGCAGAAGAACAAAGAGCACUGUGAUGUUUGGGGAACCCAAUCCUCAUAAGACAGCACGUACCAGGACCCCUGAUGCAAGCAAGAAUGUCACCAAAAUGACAAAGGUACCUAGCAGAGGGCCCCAACCCCAUCCUGCAAACAUAGGCGACCUCUUCUCAGAGGGUUCGUUGAAUCCUUACGCUGAUGAUCCUUAUGCAUUUGAUUAAAAGAAACAAAGGUUUGAGUCCGCUAACUGCUCAUCAGAGGAUGACAAAUUUCAUCCGCAAAUCACGUGGAGCCUUUGCAAUGCAUGUCUCGUUGUCCAGACUGCCUUUGGCUAGUGCAGCAUCCAUAUAAAUACGCUAUUUGCCAUGUAAAUGUAGCAUUCUGCAAACACUUGUUAUGUUUCAGUUUCUCUCACCAAACCAUGUUAAACUUUAACAGACAUCAGUUAGGGAUUGUGAAGAGUGACUGCUAAUAAUUUUUCCUCGUCUAAUUGAACUUGGAUGCUCUAAGCGUGGGAAGGUUCUGGUAGACA